AUCAUACAAACAACGAUAACAGCCCUCAAAGUAUACUGUAUUGGUUUUCGAUCGUUUUUAAAAAGUAAAUCUUCAUAGUUUUAGAUCAAGAAAAACGUACUCUCUCAUCCACUAAGCUGAUCAGCCAGUUUACUAUUGCUUAGCUACCCAAUUUUAAUAUCUAUUUCCCUUCCAUUUAAUGAUCAUUCAAGUUCUUCUCAGCUGCUAUUUUCGUCCUAGCGUAAUUUGGCAAUGAGGGUUUUAGCCCGGCGCAUAAACAUAAUCUACGCACGUAUUCGACCUGCCCACGUUCGGGUCUGGAAACGUUAACAAAAGCAUUCAGUAUUCUUUUUUCAGUACAAUUACGACCUAGUGAAUGAUUCCCGUCGAGUUGAUUCAUCCACGAACAAGGCAUGUUCUGCAAGGUACUCAAUGUGGUCUUUGGUCUGUGAUUUCAAUGCAUAUAUAUAUAUAUAUCUAUUUGUUAAAGUGGAUUGCAUUCGUCUCAAACGCCCGUAACCGCAUUCGCGGAUUCUCUGAAACAUUUUUCUGGGAUUAAGAGAAAAAGGCGCCAGAGAUAUUUUCAAAGGAAUUCAUGUUAGUUUUAUCUGGAACAUUUUCAUCGAUAAUGCAGCUGGAAUCCUUAAAUCACACGCCUAAUUUCAGCAUUUCUGCCGCUAAUUCGGUUUUAAUGUGCCCCGUUCCUACACCUGAUUCAACAGCUUCUAACAUCGCCAAGACUAUUGCUUAUGGCUUGAUUUUCUUGCUAUCGAUUGUGGGCAACUCCUUUAUUUUAUUGAUAAUCUACAAAGAAAAAGAUCUACGGUCGACUACCAACUUUCUCAUCGCUAACAUGAGCGUGUCAGAUUUACUAGCAUCUGUGUUCUUCAUGCCUAUAGCUAUAUUGGAGAUUCAUAACGGACACCGGUCGUGGCCUAUAGUCGGUCUGACUGGCUCUAUUUUAUGUAAGCUGGUUUAUUUUAUCCAUGAUGUUUCUGUGGCUGUAAGCGUCGAGAGCUUGACUUUCAUUUCAAUCGAUCGAUUCUGUGGGAUCGUUCAACCACAUCGUCGGAAGCCAUUUGUUGGUCGUGUUAAGAAAGUGGUAUUAUUUAUUUGGUUGAACGCUUUGGUUCUACACUCGCCAUUCCUUUAUGCGUUUCAGCUUACAAACUACAAGGAGAAGUCUUACUGUUUAAUGAUCUGGCCUACUUCAAUCGACUCUUCACUAGUAAACAAAGCGUUUUUCCUCACUCUAAUAGUGAUAUUGUUCGUGUUACCGCUAGGUAUUAUCGUUGUGGUGCAGUCUUUGAUCAUUAGAAAGUUUCAUCGACAGAAAAUGCCUAGAGGAUUGUCAUGUGAGGCUCGUCUGCGACGGCACAGGCGAAACCGUAAAGUCGUCGCUAUGGUGUUAGCAGUAAUAGUAGUAUUUUUUUCGUGUUGGAGUCCAAUCAUCGUUUAUUCGUUCAUUGUGCUUUUUAAAAGAGGUACUUGCUCUGUCUCAGUGCUUUUUCGAUUUAUUGCUUCGUUUAUUGUCGAGUCAAACAAGGCGUGGAAUUUUUUCAUUUAUUUGAUAUUCAACAACACAUAUAGACGAGCUCUCGCAAACCUGUUUAGAUGUGGGAAAAAGAAUGUUUACAAUGGUGAGAUUUCCUCUCAUGCGCGACAAAUCGAGAUAGAAGCACCACAAGCCCUAAAUACUCAAGAAGGCGACUGUCUUUACUACUGACAAAAUCAAAACUAGAUAUAUUAAGUAUCAACUCAAAACGAAAAAAAGCAAAAACAAAAAAUAAAAAACAAUUGUAAAAUCGUUAGGCGAAAAGUAAUCUUUGAAAAUCUUAAGUUGUUUGUUUUUGGGAACGCUUGUUUCAAAGGUUAAUUCAGUCAAAAUUGAAUAACACUUUAAAACGUGCCACUCAUUGAUCGCCAAAGAUGCCUUGGAUACUCAAGGUUGCCGACGGACGCGGUUCCUUGUAGCAAUAUAAAGAGAACAAUCCUCCCAAAACACACAAUACAUUACAAAUUAAGCCACCGAGGGAUGAAGUAAUUGUCAAACAAAUCUCGAUAUGACAAACUAAAGGUAAGGCUAAAGUUCAUUAAGAAUGUUUUUCAAAAUGUCUUUAAAAAGUCCAUCUAUUUUCUAGCAAGUGAAAAUACACUUUGUAAGAAAUGUCAACACAAUCUUUGCUUUCUGUCCAAAACCCAUAAGUGAACGCCUGGGGAAAAUGAUGACAAUUGCCUUUUUACAUAUAUUAUAGAGAUUCGGUGACAGUUUCAGAGUGAGUUCAAAUAAAAUUCUACAUAAGUUGACAUGUGACAGAAGAGCACGAAAUGCACUGUUUGCAAAUAUAGAAACCUAUAACAGACCACUUCAACUACUUAAACAAAGAAAAAUGGCCUUUUCUUUGUUCUCUGUUCUCAGUUUAGCUUCAGAUUUUAUUAAUAUUUAGAUAAGUAAAAAAAUCCAUUCGUUAAGGUUUGCUUUCGUUUACUCAACCAUGCUCUUCAAAAUGGCGGCCCGUAUCCACGAAAUGCAUGGUCAUUUGCUAUAUUAUCUCUUGUGAAAGUAAGAAAUUUUCGCUUAAAAUUUUUUUAAAGGUUAUUCGUGUCAUUGGGAAUUCUAAUUAUCUUAGAUUGAUUUCCGUACUAAUAGAAAAAUAGGCCUCAACUAAUAAUUGAAGAUUUGAUUGGGAGCCGACUAGAGACUGAUUUAGUGAUUAUUUAGUGUGUGGGUAAUCUAAGCAGUCUCUCUUAAGAAAUUAAGGCUGGAGGCUAGAUUCUGCCACAAACUUGAUCUACUUAAAUUAUUCCAUAUUAAGGAUAGCAAUUAAAAGGCCAUCAAAUUGUUAAUAAUGUGGGUGACAGAAGUUCAUGUAUGAUAGGGUU